AUGCUGAUCCAAUCGACCGUUCGUUUGGACUUCGAGGCGGCGGACGAUCUGCAGUAUAGGGGCGAAGGCAACUCCGCGCUCGUCGUCUCCCUCGGCAGAGAUGUGUUGCGGUUCUUCAAACACGCGCCGCGAGAGGACAAGCAGUCGUGCGAAGAGUCCUUCCAACGCAUCCAACGCCACAUCCACUUCGUCGAGACUGUCGUGCGUCACGUGAUUUCGCCCGACUUCUACUCCACGCCGAGAGUGGCGCUGUUGUCGCGGAAACAGAUGAAAACCAUCGCCAAACUCAUCGGCGACAAACGCCCGAGUUUCCGACUCUCGAAAGGCAUCCAAUGCGCGGACAGCGCGUGCGCACAGACGGCCGCUCUGCUGCUGCCCGACUAUUGUUGUCUUCCGCAGCAUUUGCGCGACUUUCGCACCGAAGGGCCGAUC